UAAACAAUCCCACGGCAAGUAAUGAAGAAGAUGUGAAAUAUGAAGACACAAGCAUGGAAACGGAUGAUGACGAUUAUGUUGAAAACUUUACAACUAUAAAUAUUGAAACACCAGAAUUAAAAUUUGUUAUGAACAAUUGUGAGCUGUCAGGGAUUGGGAACUGUACAACUAAUGGUACUAUAAACAAUUUAAAGAAUUCAUAUUUCGAUCAACAUUAUUGGUGCCCACAUUUUUCUAUUCGAUCUGAUUACGAGGCAAGUGGACAAAUAGGAAAUGUGACAGUAAAAGGAUCUGGCAAAAGUUUGAUAUCAUACUAUAAUUACAAUAUUACAUUACGGUGUUACUUGAAAAGCAAUGUUACCUUUCUGAAUCUACCGUAUGCAGUCACCAAUUUUUCACUACAUUUGAAACCAGAAGGAGUAAUGCUGAAUUUUUCUCAGCUUAAUUUCAGUAAAAAUGACAAAGAAGCCGAUGGCGACUCAAACCUGAAAAAUUUUGAAGAAACCAUAAGAGAACCGUUAAUGCGACGUCUUGUAACACCGUAUGUGAGUCGACUUCAACUGUUUCCAUUAUUGUCUGGGCUUUUCAAUGACAAUACAUUGCUUGAUUAUAUUCUUAAACACAGUUCAUUUGCUUAGACAACCAUGUGUAGUUUACUAUAGAAAAAUAAAAAUUUAUGUUCAUUAAAUAACUAGAAAAAUAAGA